AUGACUGGCGCUAUAGUUGGAGCGGCCAUGUUCGAGCCUCACGGCAAGAGUCUACAAGUUCCGAUCUUUAGUGAAGAAACUGGUGAAACUGUUCGUUUUGAGAAAGAUUUUGGGGACUUUUCUGCUGAGGAUUCCGAAACAUAUCAUUUUCAGCUCCUCAACUACGACGCCAGGAUGUGCCUGCGUGAGACGGAGAUCAUCCGAGAAACUUGUCCAGGUUUUCCAGGGAUUUCUACUUAUAAACAUGUAAGCAAUAUUACUUUGAAAGUAAAAACGCAAGAAAAAAAAAAACGUUUAAGUGGUCCGAUUAUGAAAACUUCGUCUACAAUUGCUUGAACUAUAGCAGUCCGCUCUUUAAAGAGGUUCCCUUCAAAAACAUGGAAGCAACUAUAAAUCAGGUUUUCUAAUUAGAGCAAAAUAUCAGCUAAAAAAAUUUCAGUAUCGAAACGGUAUCGAUUUACCAGAAUCUCUUAAAGAAAAAUUCGAAGAAGCAAUGAAAAUCUAUACCGACGUUUGCUCCAUUUCAAACUUCAAAAUCAACUUUUCUUUAGGUGACCAACUUUAUCAUUGGAGCAGGAACACGUCCAAACGAUCGACUCAAUAAAAUCAAGUUUGGAAACUUGCUUAAAGCUUUCCAGGGCCACAUGAAGUUCAAAUUUUAAAUAUUUCGAAUGAAGGCCAGUUUUUUUCCAGAAACGCUUGGAAUUGUCAUAAAAAGGUUCAACCGUGCGAAAACCCGAAGCUGAAGUUUGUAGCCUACUCUUCCGUAUGUGUUUUAUGGGUUCGAAUGAGAAUUUUGACAAAUAUUUCAGCAAGACUGGCUUUUGGCUGGUCUUCUUCAAAUUUUUGGAGCCUUGGACGCGGCUCUCGGGGUUACUGUGAUGCCCGAGUAUAAUUCGAUGGUUCUGGUCGAACUUUUCGACGUGGAUGGUAGUCCAGGUGUCAAAGUGAGUCCGUGAAUUUUUGAAAGCCUUUGAAUCUACUUAGGUGCUCGCGAAAACGGAGUGAAGUGAUCAAAGAGCAAACGGAAUUGAUUGACGUCACGAAAAGCGUCAAAAAUUGCCCAAAAGAUCAGGAUUACUGUCCUCUUACGGUAGGUGUUCGAAAUACAAAUAGAUGGUUAAACUUCGAGAAUUUGGAAGCGACAAACAAUCCAAGCCUCUUGAAAUAAAAACUAGAUAAUCGUAUCUUGAAUGAUCAUUAAACGGCUCAGAAUAGUCCAGAAGGCGUGAAAAGACCUUCAAUUAAAAAAAAAAUAGAUUUUGUGGACCAACAAAGAUAAGUUUUCUGAAAUUUCAUCCAUUCCGCGGGAAUUGGAGCUAUUUCAAAUGCCACCAAAAAAAAAUCAUUUCACCUUAUCUUUUUUAGAAUUUCCUGAGCUGUUGCGACAACUACUUGGAAAAAGUCCCUGGCGAGUCUUGCCGACCUUUGAGCAAUCUUACGACAAAAAGUUCCUUCCCCUGGGGACCCAGGCGCUACGCUGGCUUCGAUUAA